ACAGUGUGCAGAAUUAUCUCCCUUACCCGGAAGUUGAGAUUAUUUUGUGAUCUAAGUAAAUUUAACUUGGUAUGGCACCACAGCCUCUUGUCACUGGAGUUUCACCUAAAGAAGGACCACCAGGGACGAGGGUGACAAUCAGAGGUGAAAAUCUUGGCAAUGAUCCAAGAGAUCUGAUAGCUCUUAAGAUAUGUGGUGUGGAAUGUCUGUUGUCAGCAGAAUGGAAGUCAAGCAGUAAAAUUAUUGCCCGUACAGGAUCAGGGAAGGGUAAAGGUGACAUUAUUGUAUGCACAAAGUCUGGUGGAGUCGGCAGUUGUACAGUCGGAUUUAGGGGAUUUUUUAUACAAAUUGGUCCUUUACAAGAAUCAGCUGUCUGGAUAGAUGAGACUCAAACUGUUCUGAACCAACUUGGUCGCCGUGGUAACACUUCUCCUUUAGCUGGGAAAGAUGAUGAUGAUCCACUUGGAAUUUCUAAUGAAGGAACAAGAGCAAAAUCUGAAGAGGAAAUGUUAGAAAUAUUUCCCGAAAGUUCUGGUAACAUGUCAUUAGAGAAUUUCUCACCUGCCUGGUAUCUACUGGAAAAUCAUCAGAUGGCAAGUUUUGAAGAUCUGAAAUUAGGUUUGAACAACAUGCGUUUGAGUGCCAGGACAAGAUCAGAAGGCCCUAUAGCCUUUGUGAAGACAAACAUUGGUGCAAUUCUUGAUUGUCUGGACAGCCUGGAAACAAUGUAUGAGAAGUUUACAGAAGAUGAUAUACAGAGAGAGUGUAUCAGUUCCUAUGCUGUAUCACUGAUGCAGGCAAAGUCCUGUGCUGAUGGAUUAUUUCAAGAUGUAUUGGGACGUAAAGAUAAGGCUGAUGCUACUAGAAACGCCCUCAAUGUUUUACAGAGAUUUAAAUUUCUCUUUUAUCUACCACUCCAUAUAGAAAGAAACAUUCAAAAGGGAGAUUAUAAUCUGGUGAUUAAUGACUAUGUCAGGGCAAGGUCUCUAUUUGCUGAAACACAAGUCAAAGUUUUCCAAACUGGUGAGUAUUACUCAUUGUGUUCAUUAUUUUAA